AUGAGGGCAAGGGGACUGGAAAUGGCCAGCAAGGACUGUGUGAAAGUGGCAGUCCGGGUCAGACCCUUCAAUAAGAGGGAGCGGGAUGCAGGCAGUCGCUGCAUUAUUUCAGUGACCUCCAACAAUAUCAGUAUUCAAGACCCUCGCAACCCGCAGAACAGCCGCGCCUUCACUUUCGACUACACUUACUGGUCUCACAGUGGCUUCAGUAGGAACAAAGAUGGUCUGUUUGUCCCUGAGGAGACAGGUGGGCGCUAUGCUGACCAGGCAUGUGUGUUUCUGGAUUUGGGACAGGGCAUUCUUGAUAAUGCACUGCAGGGCUACAAUGCCACAUUACUGGCAUAUGGGCAGACUGGCUCUGGGAAGAGUUACUCCAUGGUUGGUUAUGGUCCUAACAAAGGCCUGAUACCCACCCUCUGCGAAAGACUGUUUCAAUCUAUUAGGAGCAUGCAAGAAAGCAGACAGUGUCAGGUAUUUUUCAGCAUGUUGGAAAUCUACAAUGAACAGGUUGCAGACCUGCUAUCAAAGACCAGCCGAUCUACGGGUGGUCUGCGGGUACGAGAGGACCAGCAGAGGGGUUUCUACGUAGAAGGGCUGAGACGGGUGCCCUGCGACAGUGCAGUGCAGGUGGAGCAGCUGAUGGAGCAGGGAACACGCACGCGCACCACUGCGGCCACACACAUGAACGCCAACAGCAGUCGCUCGCACAUGCUCAUCAUCAUCCAGCUCAAACAGAUUUUCUCAAAGGAGUGCAUCACCAAACAGUCCAACAUUUACCUAGUGGACCUGGCUGGUAGUGAGAGACAAAGGUCAUCAGGGUCAGAGGCCGACAGGCUGAAAGAGGGCACUGCCAUCAAUCUCAGCUUAACUACCCUUGGAAAUGUCAUCAGGUCAGCAGAUAUAUAUCAGAUAUUUUCUCAUUUUAGUGUUGUCUAUGGAAGCGGUGUUUAUCAAUUGCUCUCUUGUUGUAUAUAAACUGCUCUUGCAGACAUGACUCUUGGGAAGAAAGUAGUUCACAUCCCUUAUAGAGACUCCGUCCUCACCAAAUUACUGCAGUCUGCUCUUGGUGGUAACAGUCGAACCGUCAUGAUUGCAACCUUGAGCCCUGCAGAUAUGUGCUAUGAAGAGUCUCUUUCUACUCUUCGAUAUGCAGAGAGAGCAAAGAGGAUCCAAAAUAAAGCAGUGGUGAAUGAGAGUCCCACAGAACGACUGGUGAAGGAGCUCAAGGCAGAGAAUGCCAAACUACUUCUGAGACUAAGCCGACUGGGCCAAGAAGGCCGUAAAGCUGAUGAUGAAACGAAGGAGCUGCGGCGAUUGUUGACUCAUAACGAGCUGCAGAUUCGAGCUAUUCAGACACUGUGGGAGCAACAUCUUCAAGAGGCCCUGAAAGACUGGGAGACUCAGUAUGCAACUAUAACACAGGAGCGAAGGAUGAUGCAGAUGCAUCCGUAUAUAAUGAAUAUCAAUGAGGAUGCUCAGCUGUCUGGCGUCGUGAAGCUCUUCAUUCAGGAAGGUGAAUGGGAUAUAGGUCUGGCAGACAACUCGCCCAGGUCGCUCUGUAUCAGAGGUCUAGGCAUUCAGGAAAAACAUGCUGUUUUCUCAAACCAGCAAAGGAGAGUAUUAAUUACUCCUGUGUCCGGGUCAAAGGUCAUUGUGAAUGGAGUGCAGAUAUCCAAAAGGAUAGAGCUUCAGCAUUUGGAUCGACUCGUCCUGGGUUCGAACAGCACUUACCUGUUCAUCGGCUUCCCUUCGGAGCGCUCAGGAGAGGACUGGAGUCGUUACGAUUAUGAUUACUUCCAAUCUGAGCUGGCAGCAGCCGAGGGCUUCCACAUUCAGUCUCUACUUACAGGGCCACACCAGCCCGACCCCAGUCUACUGGCUGUGUUUUAUGACUAUAUAAAGCUGAUGCCCAUGGUGACAGAAGCUAAUCAGAUGAGUAAAGAGUUAAAGAAGGGAGUUGAAUUCAAACUGGAAAUCAAGAACCUGGCAAUGUCAGACUCUAAGGGUCAUGACCUGGAGAAGGACAUUGCAGUGAGAGUUACAUCUGUGGAGAGCAAACAGGUGUGGAUGUGGUCCAAGGCCAAAUUUGUCAACCGUAAGUUUCUGAUGGAGGAGGUGUACCAGCAGCAGGUGGUCGGGGGAGAGGGGGCAGACCGAGCUCCUCUUCCCAGGGACAGAGAUCCGUUCUGGGAUCCUCUGGAGCCUCUGCACCUGGGCAGCGCUCACUUGUGGCUGCAGUCCCUGGCGUUCCGCAUCCCUCUGGAGGAGCAGGUGGAAGUGGUGGGUCCGGAAGGAACGGAGGAGGCCAUACUGCAGGCACAGCUAGUGCCCUGCAGCCCAACAGGAUUGCCACUGGGUGAAGACGACAUCCUUAUAGACCCGUCAGAGCUGCUUGGGAAACGCCUGGACUUUCAGCUGGUUUUGGAUCAGUGCUGUGGCUUACGCUGGGUUAAAGAGGCUCGUAACAGAGGCGUGCAAAUCGGGUUUCAGGUGUUUGACUGUCCGCAACCCCUCUACACUCCAGUGGUGUGGCACAACGUGAACCCUCUCUUGGAUCAUAGAGUCCAAUUUACUGCUCUGAGGACAUCUCAGGAACUGCUCAACUACCUGCAAAGCAAUGCCUUGGUGCUGGAGCUGUGGGGUCUGCAGGAAGGAUGCUCUGAAUUGGUCUCCUGUAUGGAUGGAGUGAAGAUGACUCAGGAGGACAGCAUUAUUAUUGACAAGAUCAGUGCAUCAGAAAACUCGACUGCAGAAACUGGAGGCUCUGACCUCAGCUCAUCUCUCCGAGCCCUUCAUCAGGACUUGGAACAGCUGAGAAAUGCUAACGCAGCGCUGAAGAAAGAAAACAGUGCUCUGAGAGAGCAACUCAGCUCGGCCAGAAAUGGUGUGGAGAAUAACCGCGGUCGGCAGGAACGCAGAGGCAGUCUGAGGCCCAGCUGUGAUGCUGAAUUUGCCAAAGCCUUAAAAGUAUUCUACCACAGCAUGACCUCAGUUAGAGGACAACUUCAGCGGCUCCGCAGACACAAACCCAGUGAGGAAGCAGACCUGCUAGGUCUCAGACUGUACGUGGAUGAACACACGUAUCUCCUAAAGGACUUUUCUGAACAGUUGGAACAGUGCGUCACCACUCUUAAACAGGAUGUGGCUGCCAUUGUACGCCGAAAAAGAGAAAAGUCUGGAAUUUGGUCCUGAUACACCUAUUAAAUCAAUCAUCCUGCAUGAAGUUGCACACUUUUGAGACUCAAUCUUGAAUAAAGGUCAACAAAGUACUACAUUCAUGAAAGAUUUACUAUAG